AUGGCCAGCGCAGAUGUAAUUUUUACUAUUUUCUACAUUGUAUUUUCAUUGUGCUUCGUAUUUCCUCCAAGUGAAUUUGUGUCUGCUGGUUUGACAAUUCCUACGUUAUGUUCUUCAUGGCUGGGAAGUGAGAAUGAGAUGUUCGUGCAGUACCACAUACGUCGCAGCGCAGCAACAAUGCUGAUCCAUUCUUUUAUCCCUCUUUGCUACGUGGCCGGCCUCUACUGUGCUGGGGAGGCAGGGGGCUGGUCGUUCCUGCUGCUGGGGUCGCUGCUGUGGAGGUUGUUCGUGCUGGCGUCAGUUGCCGUGCCGCUGGCAGCCCUGGCGCUGGUGGGCGCCUGGAGGCACGGCCGCUGGAAGCCGCACCCCAUCGCGCAGGCGCUGGCCGCCUUCUCCAACCAGAGUCCCCCCGACUGGGCGGCCGUCGCUUCCGACAUCAACGCAGAGUACAGGAGCGUGGACAAGUUCUGCGUGGCGACGAGCAGCGUGGUGCGGGUGGUCGCCACCGCCAACUGGCUGGUGAAGGUGACGCCCUACGCCCUGGCCGUGGCGCACCAGGGGGACUGCGCGCUGGUGCUGUCGAGCAGCGACACCCACGAGGUGUCCCUGGGCGGCCCGGGGCCCGCCCAGUUCCUCAACAUCGAGGUGAAGGCCACCUCCGCACGCAGCCGCUCCUUCACCAUACGGCUGAACGCGGCGGACUUCAGGGACCUGCAGGACCGUGUGAGCCGGCCGAUAGCCGUGCUCAGGGACGUGGUGUUCCACCCCACGCUCAUGGACCGCUUCCUGGCCACCUUCAGGGACGUGGUGCAGCAGAACCCUGUGUUCCCCGCUGCCGAGGAGCCGGAGGUGUGCAUCGGCUGCAUGCAGAGGCCGGCGGAGGUGAAAUUGCAGAAGAUGUGUGCCGGGGCGGAGGUGACGAGGUCGGAGCCGUGCGUGCCGUGCUACUGCCGUCCCAUGUGGUGCCUCGACUGCAUGGGCAAGUGGUUUGCGUCGAGGCAGGACCAGGAGCGGCCGGGUGGCUGGCUGGGCGCGCAGUGUACCUGCCCCAUGUGCCGCAACCGCUUCUGCGUGCUGGACGUGUGCCCCCUCGCCCCGGCCUCCCGGGGCUAGUGCCGCCGUCCUUGUGUGGUGCGAGCCUUCACGAACCACGGCCAGUCCAACGACCGUUCAGAACAUCUGCACGGGAGCGCGCUUUGUUUCAAGAAGAAUGCAGUUGCAAGAAUACCAACUGUCAUUUGUAUUGGAGGUGUUAUCUAAAGAGAGUAACCAUGAUGUAAUCUACAAGAUUGUUGAUAGCUGUGAACCACUGGAAUAUCACCUUGUGGGUUUUGGGAUCAAACUAUUGAUGGCUGAGCGACUGUGGUGUAGCAUUGUGAAAUGGAUACACCUAGUUAUGCAAGCUCAUAAAUAGUCAUCAUAAGGGUCUGGUUUUCUCUCCCAAAAUUUUUUUUUUACAAAGCAAGCAUUUUUAACACAAUAUUCCUGUACCUGUUGUUGAAAAAGAGUUUAAAUCCUUUUUAUUUAUAACUUUUUUUUUUGAGGAUUUUAAUUUUACAAAUUGAGGCGGUCUACGUAAAACGGGUGUAUGGGUCCAUACGCCCUUUUUACGCAGAUCGCUUUAUUUGAUCCGCCAUUUCAUGUAGAAUUCAGUGGUGCAAGUUUCAUCGCAAUAUCUUGAAAAUUGAAGUUGGUACACCUGUUUUUGUGAGGUGAUGUCAGCUGGUUUUCACAGUCAGGUUUUCUUGUUUUGUGGUUAUGUUAUUCGUUUGAUUUGUUUUAAACUCAUUGACUGUGUUUUCAUAUAGAUCUAGUAUCUAUAUUAAAUUUAAAUUACAGGAAUAAUGAUUACUAUGACAACAGGAGAAAGCAAUGAAAUAUUCUUUUUGUGUUUUCUCAAAACAUCAUUUUUGCUUAUACGCCCGUUUUACGUAGACCGCCUCAAUUGUGAAUUACCAGUUUCUUUAUAGGUGAGAUUUUUUGUUUUUCUGUUGCUGAUAAAAUUCUAAUUAUGUGCUUAAGGUAAAAUAGUGAUGACUUAUAGUCACAAUAUUUAUCAAUUAACUGUGAUACAGGAGUUUCAUGCAAUAAAUCCAUCAACUUUA